CCGACCCUUCCAUUAGUGAACAAGCUGAACGAUGCGAGCGCUCGCUGCCGCCCAGUAACGACAAAUAUAGAAUUAAAACGGUCAAUUUUAACUUGACGAACACAGGACCUUAGCUGCGUUUUAAGGAAAAAAAAAACUAAAUUUAAGGAGACGACAAAGACAGAGUUUUGUUAACGUCUUACCGUUACCUCACGCCGUUGUUAGCGGGAUUUAAUGCUUUAGCUGUAGACGCCGACAAGGAGAGAGAGGGUGAGAGAGAGAGAGAAAGAGCCAGGCAGCCUAGGAGAGGGACAGGGAAGAAGAUUGAAGUGGAAAAAACGGAUUGCUAGCUAUUUUCACCUCACGUUUUGCCUAUUUUGGAACGUAGUUCGAGGCUUGGUCUAGUCAUGGGAUGUACACUCAGCGCCGAAGAGAGAGCGGCUUUGGACAGGAGCAAAGCUAUCGAGAAGAACCUGAAGGAGGACGGAAUCACUGCGGCCAGGGAUGUCAAACUGCUGCUGCUAGGGGCUGGGGAGUCCGGGAAAAGCACCAUCGUGAAACAGAUGAAGAUUAUUCAUGAGGACGGCUUCUCUGGAGAUGACGUGAAGCAGUACAAGCCCGUGGUGUACAGCAACACCAUCCAGUCUUUGGCCGCCAUCGUUCGUGCCAUGGAUACACUUGGCCUGGAGUAUGGGGACAAGGAGCGCAAAGCUGAUGCCAAGAUGGUGUGUGACGUUGUGAGUCGCAUGGAGGACACUGAGCCCUACUCACCAGAGCUACUGACCGCCAUGAUGCGCCUUUGGGCCGACUCGGGCAUUCAGGAGUGUUUCAGCCGUGCCCGCGAGUACCAGCUCAAUGACUCCGCCCAAUAUUACUUAGAUAGUUUAGAUAGGAUUGGUGCUGCGGAUUACCAGCCCACAGAACAGGACAUCCUGAGAACCCGAGUGAAGACCACUGGGAUUGUCGAGACCCACUUCACGUUCAAGAACCUGCACUUCAGGCUGUUUGAUGUGGGAGGUCAAAGGUCAGAAAGGAAGAAAUGGAUCCACUGCUUUGAAGAUGUGACCGCCAUCAUCUUCUGUGUGGCUUUAAGUGGAUAUGACCAGGUCCUGCAUGAAGAUGAGACCACGAAUCGCAUGCACGAGUCUCUUAUGCUGUUCGACUCCAUCUGCAACAACAAAUUCUUCAUUGAGACUUCCAUCAUUCUCUUCCUCAACAAGAAAGAUCUGUUUGCUGAAAAAAUCAAGAAAUCACCCUUGAGUAUCUGUUUCCCAGAGUACACGGGUCCCAACACUUAUGAUGACGCAGCUGCUUACAUCCAAGCACAGUUUGAGAGUAAGAACCGCUCACCCAAAAAGGAGAUCUACUGUCACAUGACCUGUGCUACGGACACAGGAAACAUCCAGGUGGUGUUCGACGCCGUCACCGACAUCAUCAUCGCCAACAACCUGCGAGGCUGCGGCUUGUACUGAGGCCCGGUCUCACCCCCUCGAGCCAAUACCUUUGGAAAUGAUUAUAAUUAAAAAUGCAAGUUGGUAAAUAAUAAUGAUAAUUUUAAAAUAGGCAUAUACAUAUAUAUAAAUACUAUACAUAAAAUGUUUUUAGUUUGUCAAAGAGCUGCCAACAGAACUGAUUUCUUAUAGAAACCCAGCCUUUAUGGUUUUAGAACAAAGUUGGGACCUUUUUUGUUUUUUAUUUUGUUUUAUUUUUUCUUUGCCGUUUAAUGUUUUGUUUUCCCUUCUCCGCGGUGUACUGUUUGUUGUUUUAACAAAACCCUCAUUUUUGUUCUCAAUAAUGUCUUUUCUUUUACUAUAUUGUUAUAUAUGUUUUUGUUCAUGUAUGUAUAUUUAUUACCAGUUUAUCAGUCGGGGGGCCCAGCGGUAUACGUUUCGCCUGAACAUACGACGUUACUCUGACGAUAUAUGCUAAUUAUGUAAUGAAGUAAACAAAAAAAGCUGUAUCAAUGGCUUAGACAGUUAUGUUAGUUGUAAGCACCGCGGUUAACAUCCGUCAAGGCCAAACCAAGGUUGUAGCGUGUCCCUGUUUUUUCAGGUUUUAAAUUAGACUGGAUUUUGCAUUCAUUCUGUUAGCUGGUCUGUUAGCUGAAAAAGAAAGCACCCUCCAGGACUGCAGCCUACAUGCUCGGUUAUGUCGUUUUAUUGAUUGUUGUUCAACCUUUAUGUGUUUUCGUCACAGGCGUGUGCCAGCUAUAUCUGCUGUAUGUGUCUGGGGCCGUAUCAAGUAUGAUUUCGAGCCCCUCGACCCAUCCUGAUAAUCGAAAUUGUCAUAUCAGUGCCAACCUUGAAAGAACGAUGGGUCUGGAAACUAGUUCUAGCAACACUAGGUAAACUAUAAUAAGAAACGUAUUAACACUGUUGUGUACGGAACUUCUACUUUUUUAUUGUUUAUUAAUUUAUUAAUUUAUUUAUUGAUCACCUGUCCCGCACACCCUCUUCCUCUUUCCACUUUCCUCAUGCAUCUGUUCCACUCCCUGAUUCCGCCCCGCUUCUAGACCUACUGUUUUAUUCUGUUUCCAGGCUGGGUAAUGGAGUCAGUCCCCUUAAACAAGUCCUCAAAAACACAGCAUGACUCUUUGGCCUUUGUAUAAAGAUCAGCUACCUGCUUCACUUAGAUAUUGAGGAAAAACAAUGAUAAAAGCCACAAAAAGACAAAAAAAAAAAAAUACAUAAAAAAAUACAAAUAAAAAAGAAGAAACAACAGUUACAAAAAAAAAGCAUUGUGUAAGAUGAGUGGGGUUUUAUGUGGGGGUGGGCUUAAGACAAAUACACUCACAACCAACAAUAUGGUGCCGUAUGGAUGAUGGUCGUCGGGCUGCGUGUCUGUAGAGUCGUAGAUCUUCUGGUUCUCUCCAACUAGACUUAAUCCAAGAGAAUGAUUGACAGUAAUAACAAUGAUAAUAAAGAUAAUAUUAAUGAAUUGUAAUAUUAAAAGUAUAUUACUUGUGCUUUGUAGCUACAGAACUUUUUUCCUUCCCCUCCCCUUUUUAAGUGAAAAACAAGUUUAGCAAAGGUUCCUGCAAUCCAUUCCUGAAUCAUUCUUACUGACUUACCAAUGUUGAUGUUGAACUGUACUGAUUCCUUUUUUGCCUGUUUAUCCUGCAUUGCAGUACCUAUUAUCCAGAAAAAAACAGCAAAUGUAUCUUUUUUCUUUAUUUUCUUUAUUUUUUUAUUAUUAUUUUUUAGGUGAACCACUUUUUGGUGUGCAGGCCCGAACGGGUGAUGCACUUGGUUGUACAGAUUUCAUGCGCUUUCUCAUCCUCAUGCAUUUUUUUUAUUAUUAUUUUUUGGGGGAAUUGUAUUCAAAACAAAAAAAAUAAAAACACUUUCCAGGUCUGCCUAGAAAAAGCACAGCUCUCACACGACACAUGUAGAUUUGGAAUGAUGUAUCUCUUAUCCCUCUACCUGCCGCCUUAGUUCAACUAAUGGAAAAAGUCGACAGGAAAAAAAAACACCCCAAACCCUGUGUAUAAUGACUUUAAUGACAGUUAUGCUUUGGGAUCUUCUCUUCCUCCUGCCCCCUUUUCCAACUCUUUUGAUUUUCCUUUCGUCCUUUCUUUUUACCCUCUUCCAGUGAAUGCUUUCUGUGCUGUUUAUUUCUCCCUCUACUUUAGUGAAUGGUUGUUCUUUCAUGUGGGAUGUUCGUGCUGGAAAACCAAUCGAAUGUAGUGUUUACAUUAAAAGCCACAGUUUUCAUGACUACAAA